AUAAGGCAAAGGUUAUUUAAAAAAAAAAUCAACAAAAAAUGAUUUCUGCUAGGGAAAAAUGCAAACUUAAUUAUGCAAAAGAGCGCAUGUGGGAACCCGGCUACCUUAAGGCGAGAUGUGCAGAGCUACGGUUGGAAACCGAGUUCCGACUUUAUCGAAUACGCCUGUGGAAAAGUUACCUGUGCUUUUUUAUGCUGCAUAUUUGUGUCACCUUGGUUCACUGUACGCUUUUGUUAACCACAAUUCAGGAACGUAAACUUAUCUAUUUCGACGUGGUCCUUAUCACAGGAUGCUGCGUUGUUAUUUUAGCUGUAUUAAGUGUCAACUUUUGCGAUGACUUUAUUGCAAAGCACACGUGGUAUAUGUACGCCAGCUCGAUAUUUGCCUCCUUGACUUUGGUGUUUACAGACCUAACUGAAUCGAUAUACCACCACUACGCACAUAAUUGGGUACUGGGCACGUUCUACGACACGUACAUUUUGUACAUGGUGUACAUGUUCCUGCCGAUUCACUUUAUCAAAGGAGCAGUCCUUUUGGCUCUCUUGGUGUCCGCCUUGUACAUUCUGUACUUUAUCAAUUAUUUGGCCGAAGGGUUCUUCGAGUUUCUGGGAGAACUAUUUUCCAUCAGCGGGAUGUCAGUUGAUAUUGUCCACUACUUGUGCCUCAACCUGGUGGGCAUUUUCUACCGCGUGAUGAACGACACGGUGGUACGAUCGUCCUUCCUUGAUCGCCAUCAAUACAUCAAGGAGGAGAUCUGGCUCCGGAAUGCCCGCCUGCAGGAGAAGCAGCUGCUGGACAGCAUCCUGCCGCCACAGAUCUCCCAGUUACUGCAAAGAGACAUCAAAACCCGUUUAAAAUUGGCCAGGCAGGGUGGUGGAAUGCAUGCCUUUAGCGCCAUGGAAAGAGCAAUGGCCAUUCAAAUGCAUCCGGAAGUAUCUAUUUUGUACGCUGAUGUGGUCAACUACACCCACCUGACAACCACACUAACGGUUGAGAAGUUGGUGAAGGUCCUCCACGAUCUCUACGGCCGGUUCGACUUGGCUGCCUUUCGCUACAAAGUGCAGCGCAUAAAAUUCCUGGGCGACUGCUACUACUGUGUGGCGGGAUUGUCGGGUCCAGAUCCCGAUCACGCCACCAAAUGUGUGUCGCUCGGGCUCUCCAUGAGCAAUGAAAUACAGGAGGUGCGUGACGUCCAGCAAUUGGACAUUAAUAUGCGCAUUGGAGUUCAUUCGGGAACUCUGUUCGCAGGUGUCAUCGGAGAAGCCAAGCUGCAACUAGAUAUAUGGGGAACGGAUGUCAACAUUGCCAAUGCCUUGGAGUCCAGUGGAGUUUCGGGUUUCGUGCAUAUUAGUGCUGAUACCUUAAACCACCUUGAACGCGAUCGCUACGUCAUUGAAAAUGGUCCUGAAAGCGCAAGGCACAAUCCUGUUCUGAGGAGACGCCAAAUAAGUACUUAUAUUGUUCGUAAGGAAAUAAGGGAGGAUGAUGAGUCAAGCGAAAGUGAUAAAUCCCUCCUUGAAUUGCAUUCCCUUUCUCAUAUGAACUUGGGCUCUAAAUAUAGAGUGAGCGCUAAUACUAGUGAAAGUUUAAGAGUUGUUUUCCAGGACGAGUUACGCGAACAAUUUCGGAAAAUGCCCGUCAGUGCAUUUAAUCCUAAAGAGUUGUAUUACAAGUAUCGCCAAAAGCAUAAUCAGAAUCAGAAUCCGCAACUGAACAAACAACUGAACUCCUGUUUGUCCUUUUACAAUCACUCCAUGGAGAAGGCUUACUUGAACCAGACCGAUUAUAUGUUCAAGUAUAGUAUGUUGUUGGUCUGCUGUCUUACUUGCUGUCUAAUGUACAUUCAACUGAUGGUCUCCGAAAUAACUGGCGGCUUCUGCCUUAUUUUUUCGAUUUGCGUGAUCACAGUGAUGAGCAUUUUGACCCUCAUCGCUUGGUACAAGAAGAUGUGCUGGACGAGAUAUAGGGAAUCAGACCAUAAGUAUAGCCUAUUUAGCUGCACAAUAUUUAGGAUACACGAGAAAAUCAUAGGAAGUUUGGGCAUUCGCAUUGUAUUGUAUUUGUUCCUAGUGUUUUCAAGUUAUACCAUAAUGUUGUUAAUAGUGAUGUCCUGCGAACGGGACGAGUUCGAGUUAAGGAACAUUGAGGAAAAGCUUUUCCACUACGAUGACGAUAGUAAAAUCUGUUUCCAUCCCUGGGUCGCCUCCAACAUGGUUUCCCUAAUGAUCUGCAUCACUUUCACCUUCACCAGAAUUCCGUUUUUAGUGAAAACAGCAAUUGCUGUUUUGGAGACACUUGGAUACAUGGUGAUCAUCUUCUUCCAAUUUGAGUUCGUCUUUCACAGCAGCAUUACCACGAACCCCAAUUUUCCCGCUGAGUACGCCCAUGGUUUACUGAUCUGCAUCACCCUGGUGACAAUGUUUGUGAAGGAGCGCCAACUUGAGUUUGUUAACAAAGUAAACUUCAACUGGCGAGUGGAGCUGAAAAAGGAGAAUGACGCCAGCUUAACCAACCAAUCAAUCAUAAUAAUCCUUAACAAUAUUCUUCCUAGUUACAUCGUUGACGUAUAUCUUAAUUCUUUGGCUAAACACGAACUGUAUUAUGAAAACUAUAGUAUGGUUUCCGUAAUGUUUGCCAUGUUAAUGAACUUUGAAACAGAUCUUCGAGGCUUGCGCGUAUUGAAUGAAAUUAUUGCCGAAUUCGAUGUGUUGUUGCUGUUCUACAAGGAGUAUUUUUCGGUUGAGAAAAUCAAAAUUGUAGGAUGCACAUAUAUGGCUGCCUGUGGCCUCGAUUUGAGCUUUGCCGGUUCCACGAGUAGACCAAUUGGAUCGACUGACACCGGCGAUGCAGAUGCUCCAAAACUAUCCAUUCGAGUGCACGAAAACGAACUCGAGGAGGUGGUCUUUGUGAUGGCCUCUUUUGCCCGGGACAUGAUGCGCACUUUGGCCAAAAGCAACGAGAUCUACCAAGGCAUUCCGAGCGAUCGAACCAUUACAGACGGCACCAUCGCCAUUGGCAUUUCCAGCGGUGAGGUUAUGGCUGGAAUUGUGGGAGCCUCUCAGCCGCACUACGACAUCUGGGGAACCCCAGUGAACAUGGCCUCUCGAAUGGAAUCGACGGGCUUAGUGGGGCACAUCCAGGUCACCGAGGAGUCCGCCAGGAUCCUCAACGACUUCGGCAUUUACUGCGAGUAUCGCGACAUGACUUUUGUAAAGGGGCGUGGAAAAAUUCCAACCUUCUUGGUGAAACUUGAUGAAGACCUUAACUUCAUCUACAUUGAACAAAAACGGACGCCAAGUCACUUGGAGCGCAGUACGGCGAUAUCCUUGGCAUCUACGUACCAGGAUAAUAGCGUUUUUGGUGACUUGAAAAGCCUUUCGAAUAUAACUUCUCGCUUUUAAGACGACUUUGAUACCAAAAAAGACUAAUUUAUUCCUAUGGUUUUACUGAUAAAAUUUCGCAACACGAACAGACCAACAAAAAAUCGAAAUUCAUAAAUAUUUUUUUGGCUUUUAAUACUUACUGGAAGAAUAACCGAAAUAAAUUUCAAAUAUUGUUUGAUAACCUUUAAACUUGA